AUGGCGCCCGCUUCGUUCUUGAGGCGUUUAAGGUUCACGAUCUUGAGUAUCUUGUGUUUUGUGCUUGUCUUGUACGUCAAACCCCGCCCGCUGCUAGGGACGCCCCCGCCCGCACUUACCAGAGUUACCAGAGAGAGGUACGAUGUAGCACGGGCACCCUUAGUGGGCGAGCCCGUUAACGUCGUUCCUGAAUUCGUCCACAACACCUCUCUGGCGGGACACGAGCUCAAGGAACAGCUGGUCCUCCUCGACCAACUUCUCCUCCUCAUGACCAACAUCACCAAGCCAUGCAGGAAACUCGUUCGACAAGGCGGGAAGCUGUGCCGAGGAAAACUGGAUGGUGACAAGAAACUGUGUUUGGAUCCGUUCGUCCGCCCAACUUCUAACAGCUGCCUGGUGUAUUCGUUUGGCAUUGGCUAUGACUUUAGCUUCGAUGCUGCCAUGGGAAAAUAUGGCUGCCAAGUGUUUUCCUUUGACGAUGACAACGCGCAUGAGCUGUUAGACAGGAAUCCUUAUCCUAGAGUGACAUUCCUUCGACUCCGCCUGGCAGCUGGCAGGAGCGUGAAGGUCGAGCGAACCUAUGACCCAGAAACGAAGAGCGAGUACAUCUACUUGUACCGGCCGCUCGAUAACAUCAUGUACCUUCUCGGUCACCCUAAAGCCAACGUCGAUGUUCUGAAGAUCGACGUCGAUGGCCCUGAGUGGGAGAUCUUCGAGGACUCGAUAUUCAAGACCGAUGUUCUAGAACGCACGAAACAACUCUCCAUGGAGAUUCACCUCGGAGUGUUCCUGGAUCCGCAAUUAGACACCGGUCUCCCUCUCAGCCUAACACUUCAGAAGUAUACGAGGGUGCUAAGAGGUUUAGAAGAUCGAGGAUUCCAUCUGACGUACAACGAACCUAAUAUUUUUCAUCCGAAAUAUGUUAAGUUCGCCAACAGGACUUUUCACACCUGUUAUGAAAUGUUGUUUGUAAAUACACACCUGAAGAAGAUGAAUAUAAAUGACCAUAAAGAAUUACAGGAUAAAUUUUAUAGUGAAAUAGAAAUUUCAUAGUCGUAAUAAAUGU